AUGGCUGCCUGUGAGAAAGAGUAUGCGAUGGAAGGCUGUGAAGCCUACGAGGAAGAAGUGAAAAAAGAUGUGAAGGAAGAGGAGGAGGAUCUUUGCAGUGAAGAAAGCUCGAUUUCCUACCAUCUCUAUACCUCACGUCCAACCAGACAAGGAGAAGCAAAUCUCUAUGGAUCCUCUCGUUCUCGUCGCCACAAUCUGGUUCAGCUGCAACGAAGGGCUUCAAGAAAUGGAGAAUUCCAGCACAAACAGCCCCACCCUGCUUUCCACUCCUUGGCUCGCCAGCGAUCCACAAAUCCAUCUCAUAUCAGCCAACAGCAAGGAAUUCCCCUCCGUAGGAGCAAGUCUUGUGGUGAGGGGAGAUCUUCUGCGCCAUCAGAUGAGUUCAACAUUCGUAGAAGUCCCGGCAUGAAGCUGCCUGAAAAUGGAGUUCGUAUUCUCUGCGACUGCACCGACGAUGCUGGCAAGUGUAAGGACUCUGAAGAGCUUGAUCCUCGAGCGGAAGAAAACUUCAAAUGCGGGGUAUUGUGCUUGUUUUUGCCUGCUUUCUCCAAGAAGAAACAAGUAGAAGCUAGCCGAGAUGAGCAAGGAGAGCAGAGAAGCACCGUGUCAAGAGCGGCUUCUCUUGAGAAAUUUGAAUACGGGUCAUGGUCUUCCUCUGUCAUCUUGGAUGUUGGUGAUGAAGCUGGUGAGUCCUAUUUCGACUUGCCUCUGGAGCUGAUAAGCAGCUGCACCGACGAUGCCAAUUCAGCGGUCAAGAUGGCUUUUGUUUAUGAUGAGGAUCGGAAGGUGGUCUUGAAAAAGAGCACGUCAAAUUUGACUCCAAGGAAGUCGCAUGAAGCAUCGAAUCGCCAUGUUAGAUUCUCUACGUCAACCCAUACCUUGUAUCCAACACUUCCGACCGCUGCUUGCAUCACCCCACGAUUGCUGAAGGCUAGAGAGGACUUCGAUGCAUUUUUAGAAGCACAGUGCACGUAAGUUUUCAUUGCAUAUUUUUUUCUGACGUUGAGGUGUCUAUUGGAUAAUUCAUUGUACUCGUGCAUCUCAUUGGAACUCCCAGUAGUGUCUCUCUCUCUUCCUUCUGGUAUUUUGCAAAUUAGUUCCUAAAAGCUACCUUAAUUGUUGAUG